GUAAUUAAAUGUCUCUGUAGACUCUUUUUAAAAUGAAGCUUUGCAAAGAACUGCUAUUAUCCUGGCUUUAAACCACAUUGUCCUCUAUCUAUUGCCCAACCUGCCAGAUUAAAUGACACACACUGGCUGCCUGGAACAAUCACCUCGAGUCUGAUACUCAGUAUAACAAACAAAGACAAGCUUUAUUAACCUUCAGACGUGUGAUAGGUGUGAAGGUCGUGGUGCAGGUGGGAACAGCCUCUUCACCAAUCCUGUUACACACCAAAGGGUGCAGGCUCCUUCCUUCCAACCGCAGCAUCUCACGAGCAAAGGAGAUGGUGAAGGAUCUGGAGUGUCAGUCCAGUGAAGGGUGGCUGAGGGAGCUGAGGGUGUUUAGUCUGGAGAAAAGGAGGCUCAGGGGGGACCUUCUCACUCUCUACAACCCCCUGACAGCCAGGGAAGGUCAGGGACGAGAGGCCACAGCCUCAAGCUGCACCAGGGGAGCUUUAGGCUGGAAUCACAAAGAAUUUCUUCACUGAAAGGGUGGUCAGGCAAUAGGACUAUACAGAGAAGUCCCCAUCCCUGGAGGUGUUCAAUAAACUGAAUAUGGCACUUGGUGCUAUAGUUUAGUUGACAAGGUGGAGAUUUACCACUUGAUGAUCUUGGAGAUUUUUUUUCCAAACAAAACAAUUCUGGGCGUUCUGUAGUCCUUGCAAUUAGAUCCACAAAAUGAUCCAGGCACUGAAAUCUAGCGCUGGGAUCAUCAAACCUUCUAAUCCCACGGGCAACUAAAACCCAGAGACGUCCAAAUUCUUGGCAACAGCUUCCCAGAGCCUAAAACUAUUGCUUCAGAGCAGCCCGGGGCAGGCUGGCCGCAGUCCCGCACACCAGGCUGGGAUGCAGGACGGAGCGACAGGGACCCGCUGCUGUUCCCUGGGCAGGGGAAGAAGAAAAGGCAGGAGUGAGACGAAGAAGAAAAGGCAGGAAUGAGACGAAGAAGAAAAGACAGGAAUGAGGUGGCUAGCGCUUCCCUCUCCUUUAUUUGUCACAGCUUAUUUGUCACAGCUCAGCAGCGAGCGCGGCGCUCCCCUCCCUGCCCAUCGCUCCGGACGGGAGCAUCGCCCCGGACCAGCUGGAACUCGGAAAGAGCCCCGCUCGUCUGUCCCGGGACAGAAGAGACACCUGUGGCAAAGCCAGGCCCUGGCCCGUCCCAGGAAGUGACGGCAGCCCUGUCCCCCCCGGCACACCUGACUCACCUGGGCGGGCGCUCGGGCUGCGCUGCGCUGCCGGGCGGUGUCCGGGCACGGCGCUGGCCAUGGCGAGGGACGGCGGCUCCCCCUGGGCCAUGGGGCUGCUCAAGACCUUCGAGGAGAGCGAGUUCAGCAGCUGGGAGAAGAUCGGCUCGGGAGGGUUCGGCCAGGUGUAUAAGGUGCGGCACCUUCACUGGAAGACCUGGCUCGCCAUCAAGUGUUCGCCCAGCCUGCAUGUGGAUGAGAAGGAGCGCAUGGAGCUACUGGAAGAAGCCAGGAAGAUGGAAAUGGCAAAGUUUCGCUACAUCCUCCCUGUUUAUGGCAUCUGCAAAGAGCCAGUGGGCUUGGUCAUGGAGUACAUGGAAACAGGGUCCCUGGAAAAGCUCCUGGCAUCCGAGCCCCUGCCCUGGGAAUUGCGCUUCCGCAUCAUCCACGAGACAGCCGUGGGGAUGAACUUCCUGCACUGCAUGUCCCCCCCUCUGCUCCACCUGGACCUCAAGCCUGCAAACAUCCUGCUGGAUGCCCACUACCACGUCAAGAUUUCUGACUUUGGGCUUGCAAAGUGCAAUGGCUUGUCCCAUUCCCAUGACAUCAGCAUGGAUGGCUUGUGUGGCACCAUUGCCUAUCUUCCCCCAGAGCGCAUCAAGGAGAAAAACAGGUGUUUUGACACCAAGCAUGAUGUGUACAGCUUUUCCAUCGUGGUUUGGGGAGUUCUUACACAGAAGAAGCCUUUUGCAGAGGAAAACAACAUUUUACAUAUUAUGGUAAAAGUAGUUAAAGGCCACCGCCCAGAACUACCUGCUGUUUCCAAAUCCAGACCUCAGUCAUGUAAUAACUUGAUCAAACUAAUGCAAAAAUGUUGGCAAGAUGAUCCUGGUGAACGGCCAACAUUUCAAGAAAUCACUUCACAAACAGAGGCCCUUUGUGAAAAACCAGAAGAUGAAACAAAAGAGAUGAUUACUCAGGACCUGGACAGCAAGAAUGCCCCAGAGCAACAGCCUGAGGGGAUUUGUGCACUGUCCCAGAAGAAACAGGAGCCUGCUCUACCAUCAGUGAAGGAUUACAGUCUCUCAGAGUUGCUGUCCCAGUUGGAUUCAGGGAUUUCACAGACUAUGGAAGGCCCUGAGGACCUCAGCCGCAGCUCUUCUGAGUCCAAACUCGCCUCCAGUGACAAGCGGCUUUCAGGAGUUUCAUCUGUGGAUUCAGCUUUUUCAUCCAGAGGAUCCCUUUCCCUCUCCUUUGAAAGGGAGAGUUCAGAUAUUGGUACUACAGACAUACAGAAGAGGAAGCUAACGGAGGCAAUUUUAUCUGGAGAUACCAGCAAGCUGAUGAAGAUCCUCCAGCCUCAGGAUGUUGAUAUUGUUUUAGAUGGGAACUCCAGUCUUCUGCACUUGGCUGUUGAAGCAGGGCAAGAGGAAUGUGUGAAAUGGCUCCUGCUGUACAAUGCUAACCCCAACCUCACCAACAAGAAAGGGUCCACCCCUCUUCACAUAGCCAUCGAGAAGAAAUUCAAAAGCAUCGUGGAGCUGAUCAUGGCCAGGAAAAUCAACGUCAACGCCAAAGACGAGGACCAGUGGACCGCUCUUCACUUUGCUGCCCAGAACGGGGAUGACUUCAGCACCAAAAUGCUGCUCGACAAGAACGCGUCCUUGAACGAGGUGGAUUUUGAGGGCAGAGCCCCCAUCCACAUAGCCUGCCAGUACGGCCAGGAGAACAUCGUGCGCAUCCUGCUGCGCAGAGGCGUCAACGUCAACAUCAAGGGCAAGGACGACUGGGUGCCCCUCCACUACGCCGCCUGGCAGGGCCACCUCCCCAUCGUCAAGCUGCUGGCCAAGCAGCGCGGCGCCGACGUCAACGUGCAGACCCUGGACGGGAGGACCUCGCUGCACCUGGCCGCCCAGCGCGGCCACUACCGCGUGGCCCGCCUCCUCAUCGACCUGGAGUCGGACGUCAACGUCAGGAACGGGCUGCUGCAGACCGCCCUGCACAUCGCCGCCGAGACCGGCCACACCAGCACCUCCAGGCUGCUCCUCAAGCACGGCGCGGACAUCGAGGCGGCCACGGCAGAGGGAUACACGGCGCUGCACUUGGCAUCGCGCAGCGGCCACCUGGCCACCACAAAGCUGCUGGUGGAUGAGAGGGCCAGCGUUCUAGCCAGGGGCCCUUCAAACAGGACAGCGUUGCACCUCGCUGCGGAAAACGGGCACUCGGAGGUGGUGGAAGAACUUGUCAGUGCGGAGAACAUCAACGUUUCUGACAGCGAGGGGUUCACGGCACUUCACCUGGCUGCGCGAGGGGGGCACGCCAAGGCCGUGGAGGUUCUCCUGAAGCACGGGGCUCUCACUGACAUGCCCAGAGCCAAGUGCCAGACCCUGCUCCCGCCUGCUCAGCACAGCAGGAAUAGCUCACCCACGGUGUUGUUAAGUGACACUUAAGCACAAGGUGCUGAGUGGUGUUUUUUUACCUGGAGUGAGGAGGCUGCUGGAGUUUGGGGACUUCUCCAGCUGUGCAGGGAUGUGCCCACCAGGGGUGGCAGCUGGUGGACUGAGGUGUGUGAGUGUGACUGAGGCCAGAGCUGGAAUCUGCCCUGGUCUGUGUCAUUCAUUCUGUGCCUGCCCACCUGCCUGGAUCCGGACAUUCCCCUCCCAAGGAUGUUGUAAGAGAAGGAUCUGACUUGUGCGUUCCCCCUGCUUAUUUUUUUUUUCCCUGAUGUGCCAAACUAAUUUAAGAACUAACAUUAUGCUUUUUUUAUUUUCCUCAAAAUAAAAAGAAAAAAAAAAGAUGGCAUCACGGUUCAUUGCAGCAAUUGAUAUUUUGGGCUGAAAGCCUCCAGUGUAGAAUAAGCACAACAGCAGUCUGCUUGAAAUUAAUGCAGGAGUUGAGGAAAUGGCUGUUUAAGGCACAGUUAAUCACGUUUCUGCUGUGUUUUUAAUGGAGACAUUGAUUACAGAUUUCCAUGUACUCAAAAGUUUAUGAGGCAGACUUAAUAACAAGACAGGAUUCCAAAAAACAUAAGCAGAAGUAAAAGUUUAACACUGCUGUCUUCAUGUACAGUGCUGCCUUGUAUGUAUCCUGAGAUCAGUAAACUGGACUAGGUGCUCAGUGGUUUGUCUUAAAUGAGCAAGUCAAGACCUGAAAUGUGUGCUGGACUGGAACUGGAUGGUUUGUUCUAACACCAUUUACCAAUUUGCAAAACACUGUUUGAAGGGGCUGAUGACUGGAACUGAUAUACUGUGUAUAUAGGAUUUCUACCCGUUGUAUGCUUUUUUUUUCUACUGAAGAAAAUAGAUUGCUUAGAGUGGGUAUGUUUUAAUACACCUUUUAAUUUCACUCUUUUCGAAGUACAAA